GUAUCGAAAUUCGUGUCCCACCCUAAAUGUGUUUGGCUUCAGGUUUGUUGUUAAAUAUUUUAUGGAUCAUUUUAGUACAAAUGUCUUCAGCUGGCCCUUGUGACGACUUUUUAGAGUUCCAGGAAUCUAUAAAGAAGAUGCGUGCCCUCGAUGAUAACAUUAUUUAUAUGCUAAACAGUUCUCUUCCGACUGAGUCUUUUAAAGGACAGGUGAAUUGUGAAAAGGUCUGUUAUAACUUGUAUACCCAGUUGCAAGACAUACAUAAACGUCGAGAAAAAAAAAUUCGUGAUUGCAUACUUGCUUCAGCAGAGUCUUUAAAAAAAGUGCGAGAGUUGAGAGAAAAUAAUCUGGAUGAUGUCGACAUUAAUAAAAAAUUUAAAUUGGAGCAGCGGAAGCUUCGACUUUUGCAAUCCGAAAUAAAUGUGGAGGACAUUGUGAAUGAACGUACGCUGAAAGCAGUCAAGGAAAGAUGCCGAACAUACCUUCAUUCUG